AUGGAUCGUCAAAGUAUAUUAGCAACGUACGGCAUCCCAAUCACAUCUCCUCCACGCUCAAAUAGUAAUAGUGGCAAUAGUAAGAGCUCUCGAAGAACAGCCCAAGGUAUUAACGUUGGAAAUGUUGGACGUAAUAGCAAAGGAUAUUCGGUGACUGCCUUAUACUCUAUGGCUGCUGAACAAGAUGUUGAAUCUAAAAAAAAUUUUAUAUUGGAAAGAGAUGUUAGAUACUUGGAUUCUCGAAUUGCAUUAUUAAUUCAAAAUCGUAUGGCAUUAGAUGAGAAACAAGAAGUGGAAAGUUCGCUUUAUGACACAGAGCCACUAGAAGGUACAUUUCCAGAUGAUCGUAAACAACAGCAAUAUGGAAAUCUUUUCUUCUUGCUACAAACUGAACCAGGACAUAUCGCAACUUUAUGCCGACUGGUCAGCAUAUCAGAGAUUGACACUUUAUUACAAACUGUGAUGUUUACACUUUAUGGUAAUCAAUAUGAAAGCAGGGAAGAGCAUUUAUUGUUAACUAUGUUUCAGUCGGUAUUAUCAGCACAAUUUGAAACUACAUUAGACUUUAAUUCUUUACUUAGAGCAAAUACACCAGUAUCACGUAUGAUGACCACUUAUACUCGUCGAGGACCUGGACAAAGUUAUUUAAAAUCGGUAUUAUCGGAAAGAAUUAAUAAUCUGAUUGAACAUAAAGAAUUGAAUUUGGAAAUCAAUCCACUUAAAGUUUAUGAACAAAUUAUAAGAAAAUAUGAAGAUGAUGCUGGCCAACUGCCACCUAAUUUACAAAGAAGUGUCACGCCGGAUGUUGCUGCUGCAAAUCCCGAUGUACAAAAAAUCAUAGCACCUCGUUUAGACAUGUUAAUAGAAAUUGCAAAUGGAUUUCUUACGACUAUAAUUCAAUCUAUUGAUCAAGUACCUUAUGGUAUUCGUUGGAUAUGUAAACAAAUUCGUUCAUUAACAAAACGAAAAUAUCCAGACGCAACAGAAUUUGCAAUAUGUUCGUUGAUUGGUGGGUUCUUCUUUCUAAGAUUUGUGAAUCCUGCAAUAGUUACACCUCAAGCAUAUAUGUUGGUGGAUGGAAUACCUGGAAACCAUCCAAGAAGAACUUUAACCUUGAUUGCAAAAAUGUUACAAAAUCUUGCAAAUAAACCAACAUAUUCGAAAGAAGAAUAUAUGAUAAUGAUCAAUUCGUUCGUCGAACACAAUAAACAAAGAAUUAAUAAAUUUUUACUUGAAUUAUGUGAAGUUGGUGAUUUUUAUGAGAGUUUAGAGAUGGAUCAAUACAUGGCACUUUCCAAAAAAGAUUUAGUACUAAAUAUUACAUUAAAUGAAAUAUAUAACACUCACUCACUAUUGUUACAGCAUCAAAAUGUUUUGGCACCAUCUGAAAAAUCUCACCUGCGUAUACUGUUAGAUGAAAUUGGUAUAGCUCCUUCACAAGUACCUAGAAAAGAAAAUAGAACCAUGCAACUUCCAUUAUUUAGUCGAUGGGAAACUCCAAUACAAGACAUUGCAUCAGCAUUUGUAUCAGACAAUGUGACACAGAAUGAUAUUCUUUAUAUGGAGACAAAAUCAAUAUUUGUACAAUUGAUUAGAUCUAUGCCACGUAUGGCGGAGAAACGGCCACUAAAUUUAUAUUUGAUUGCUGAGAUAGCUGCCACAUCAAAAGAUGUAUCUUUAGUACGUAAAGGUAUAAAGGUGAAAGAAAUGCUUUCGGAAUUAGAAGAGGCGCAUGUAAUUGAUCGUAGAGAUGGGUAUCGACUUAUGACUGAAGAGGUGGCAACUGAAUUAGCUCAUUUGGGUAAUAUUCGUGAGAAAGUCACCCAAGAAAUUCAAUCCCUGGAGGAAGUUUUUAAAACUAUAGGUGAUCACAAUAAUUAUUUGAGAAGUCAAUUGGAUAGUUAUAAAGCAUAUUUGUUUAAUGUGAGACAGCACUCAUCAAAAGAGGCUCCUAGUGGUAUAGGAACUAGUGUGGUGAAAGUUGGUAAUAAAGAAAAGAAGCCACAGAAAGUUAAGGUGUUGGGACCUUAUAAAUUUACAUAUGCACAAUUAGAAAGAGAUGAAAUUAUUGUGGAAAACAAUGUUCCCGAAAAUCGGUAG